AUGGCACGACGAAAGACCAGAAGGCAGCCCGUGGAGCUGCCACACCAUGGUCAUAUAUCCGCUUCCUCCUUCAGUACUCGACUGAGCAGCAAAGGGAUACGCCCUCAAAACAUCAAGAAGGGACAAAAGCAAGACCCUCUCCCUCUUCGACGGAGCGCGCGUCUAGCCCGCUUGAUUGAGAUUAAGGAGACUCAACAAAACCCCAGCCAGCAGCCUCUACCAUCUCUCGUGAGCGACGUUGAAAGUCUUCAUCGUACGCAGCCACCUGCUACCCAUCUACCAUCGAAGCAUCCGGAGCAAUAUCGAGAAGCUGAACAGCAACUAAACCCGGCCUCUCCAAAACGACCGCGAAUAUCUUCUCCUGAACGCUCUAUUCAGGACGUUGAUCCCAUUACAUAUUGGACGCAGACAUACCGCUGGCCGCGAGGAUACUUCAACGAAAGUGGCGAAAUGAGUCAUUUAUUGGCGAGAAAGAAAUCCGCCGCUACACUUCGCCGAAAGCGAUCGUAUAGCGAGUAUGGCGCACCUAGCUCAGGUACACCGAGUGAGCAGCAGCCUAGGGAGGCGAAGAGUACCCCUUACCAAAGUGAGCGAUAUAAGACCUUGCUUGCUCUAAAGGAUAGUUUCAUGGGCAAGUAUCGGCCAGGUACUACGAACGAGAGCAAGCGACUAUGCCAGCAGCUCCUUGACACACAACAAACAAUACUACAAGAUACAAUGUUUUCCGACGACCACUUCGAAGACACCUGUGAAGCAAUGAGAAAUAAGAAUGAGGCUAGAGUGAUUCGAGAUAUCUCACUUUUGAUUGUCCCAUCAGCGGAAGUCCUUGCCAUACGCGGAAAUGAGCAUUGUCGGCUCUUGAUUGAAAGUGUGAACGAAGGCUGGAACAAUUCUAUUCCACUAACCAAACCUCGCCCGCAACCUGACUACUCUGUGGGUUUCCGACGAGAAGCAUUUACCGAGACCCAACAUCAGAAACUUCAGCCAUUUGUUGGCGACCUCACCGAAACCUCCUACUUUAUGGGUACAUGGUAUAUGUACUUCCCCUUCUUCUCGAGCGAAGCGAAAUGUGGUGCUGCCGCACUCGACGUAGCGGAUCGACAGAAUGCACACAGUAUGACUCUUGCUGUUCGAGGAGUCGUUGAACUGUUCCGGCUCGUGAAGCGCGAGAAAGAGCUUCAUCGGGAGAUCCUCGCCUUUUCCAUCUCACACGAUCAUCGAUCAGUGAGGAUUUAUGGCCAUUAUCCUGUGAUAGAGUGCAAGAAGACCACGUUCUACCGUCAUCCUAUCCAUACUUUCGACUUCACGGCACUGGAUGGCAGAGAGAGAUGGACAGCCUACAGGUUCACCAAAAGUGUCUAUGACACCUGGAUGCCUGCUCACUUCCAAAGACUUUGCUCGGCAAUUGAUGCCAUACCACCCAAUAUACACUUCAAGCUCUCGGAAGCAUCCGAACUGCAAUUCCCCUCAUCAUCUGGACUUCCACAAGGUCUGGAAAGCCAUCACCUUUCGGAGUCAGGAGCUACAGGUGGCGACGGACUAAACUUUCAAGGGCCUCGGGAAGAUCUCCAGGAAGGGACGCCAGAUACUUCAGUUACCCAAACAUCAAAACGACCGACAUUCACGAAACCCAAGAAACCAAAGAAGAGAUGA